AUGAUCUUCUCUAUCUUCCUAUUCAUCUCCUUCCUUCCGGACAUAGCAGUUGCCUCAUGUCCUAUAUCCGUAUGUAACUCAAGCAACCCUCGCCCUGAUAUUCGUUUCCCUUUCCGCCUAAGUAACCAAUCCCCAAGCUGUGGCUUUCCAGGUUUUGAUCUCUCCUGCGACUCUCAAAAACAAACGAUCAUCACUCUUCCAUCUUCCGGUGACUUCUCGGUCGAUUUCAUCGACUAUUGGGAGCAAACCCUCUUCAUCAACGACCUUGACAAAUGCCUAACCAAACGUUUCUUCGAAAAUGACUUCAGUCUUGCAGGUUCACAUUUCUCGCUCCCCUUUGAUGCACUUGACCACUUCACAUUCCUCAAAUGCUCCUCUAACAAAACAGUACCAAAAGACAAUCCACCGGUCAAUUGCCUCGGCGAUGAUUACGUCAGCUACAUGGUCAUUGCUGUGUCGACUAGUACUGUAAUGCCGCCGGACUACUACGGCUGCUCUGUGAUUUCGACAGCCGUCGUCGCUCCGAAGUAUCUUGAUGUGGGCGUCAAGUUGGCAUGGAACGAACCUGACUGUAGUUACUGUGAAAGCAAUGGCCUCCUCUGUGAACUGGAGAAUGUUAAAACUUCCAAGAUUUGGUGCUCCUCGCAAACCGGUGCUCUCUCAACAGCUGCGAAGAUUGGCAUAGUGCUAGGCGUGGGAAUUCCGGUGGUAUUGUUCAUACUUUGUUUUUGUGACUGGUCUAGUGGCGAACCCACCAUCACUGAACUAUCCACUAUAGCCACCGGACAAAUGCAGCUUCCGGUAGCCGAAAGGGCACUGGAUCGUCGGACCAUCGAGGCAUAUCCCAAGAUUCAGCUUGGUGAAAGCUUGGAAUUGCUGCCGGAGCCUGAUAAUAAGACUUGUCCAAUAUGCUUGUGUGAUUACCAAGCUAAGGAGAUACUAAGGACCGUCCCCGAGUGCAACCAUUAUUUCCAUGCAGAUUGUAUAGACACCUGGCUUAGAAAGAAUCCCACAUGUCCUCUAUGUCGGAAUUUGCCCAAGAGUUCGGUGACUGAUGAGAAACUCUGUUACUCGGUCAUGCAUGCAACAUGCCCACAUAGUUGCAACCAAUCUCCAACCCCAACAUCUCAGUCCAGUAUUUAUCCAUGA